UCUUGCUACAGAAAAUGAAAAUUGUGUUUUCCCUCAGGCUCCAGCUGUCAUAUAAUCAUAGAAAGUUAGGGUUGGAAGGGACCUCAGGAGGUCAUCUAGUCCAACCCCCUGCUCAAAACAGGACCAUCUCAAACUAGAUCAUUCCAGAUAGGGCUUUGUCAAGAUGGGCCUUAAAAAACCUCCAAGGAAGGAGAUUCCACCAUAUCUGUAGGUAACCCAUUCCAGCGCUUCACCAUCCUCCAAGUGAGAAAGUUUUUCCUAAUAUCCAAUGUAAACUUCCCUUGCUACAACUUGAGACUGUUGCUCCUUGAUCUGUCAUCUGCCACUACUGAAAACAGCUUAGCUUCAUCCUCUUUGGACCCAGAACUAGACGUAGUUGAAGGCUGCUAUCAAAUCCCCUCUCAGUCUUCUUGUCUGCAGAAUAAAUAAACCCAGUUCCCUCAGCCUCUCUUCAUAAGACAUGUGCCUCAGCCCCUGAACCAUUUUUGUGGCUCUCUGCUGGACCCUCUCCAACUUGUCCACUUUCUUUCUAUAGGAGGGGGGGCCCAAAACUGGUCAUAGCAUUCCAGAUGUGGCCUAACCAGUGCAGUAUAGAACAGAAUCAUUACUUUCCUUGAUCUGCUGGCAGCACUUCUCCUAAUGCAGCCCAAUGUGCUGUUAGCCUUCUUGGCAACGAGGACACACUGUUGGCUCAUAUUCAGUUUACCAUCCACUGUAACCCCCAGGUCCUUUUCUGCAGAGCUGCUGCUUAGCCAGUCAGUCCCUAGGCUGUAACAGUGCAUGGGAUUCUUCUGUCCUAAGUGUAGGACUUUGUACUUGUCCUUGUUGAACUUCAUGAGAUUUCUUCUGGUCCAAUCUUCCAAUUUGUCUAGGUCACUCUGAAUCCUAGCCUUACCUUCCAGUGUAUCUACUACAUCCCCCAGCUCGGUGUCAUCUGCGAACUUGCUGAGGAUGCAUGCUAUGCCAUCUUCUAGAUUGUUAAUAAAGAUGUUGAGCAAAACUGGCCCCUGGAUCGACCCCUGGGGCACUCCACAUCAUACUGGCUGCCAACUAGACUUUGAGCCGUUGAUUACUACCCAUUGAGCCUGACAAUCCAGCCAGCUUUCUGUCCACCUUAAAAUCAAUUCAUCUAACCCAUACUCAGGGUUGAAUUAACAUAUAGGCACAUGCCUAGGGCCCUAAGUGAAGAACAAGUCCAGUUGUGCUUAUUUUACAUAUUAUAAUUAUGGAAUGAAAAAAGUAGGGGGCCAUGUCCUGCCCAUACUUCCUCAGCUUGCUUGCAAGAAUGCUGUGGGAGGUGGUAUCAAAAGCCUUGCUAAAGUCAAGGUAUAUUAUGUCCACUGCUUUCCUGGCAUCCACUAAGUCAGUUAUCUCAUCACAGAAGGCAGUCAGGUUGGUCAGGCAUGAGUUGCCCUUGGUGAAUCCACGUUGACUGUUCCUAAUAACUUUCUUCUCCAAGUGCUUAGAAAUGGGUUCUUUGCGGACCUGCUCCAUUAUUUUUCUGGGGACUAAGGUAAGGCUGAUCAAUCUGUAGUUCCCUAGAUCCUCGUUCUUUCCUUUCUUAAAGAUGAGCGCUAUAUUUGGCAUUUUCCAAUUGUCUGAGACCUCCCCCGAUCGCCAUGAGUUUUCAAAUAUAAUGGCCAGUGGCUCCACACUUCCCCAAGUGAGAGUAAAUGGUUUGUGUAUUCCCUGACCUUCCAGAUUGGUGCAUUGUGGGGACAGGGCUGGUACUAGGGAGCAUGGGGCAGAGCCAGUCACCUGGGGUUUGGGGCAGAGCUGGUGGCACCUACCUGUGCAGUGUCUGCUGUAGCCAGUACUGUCAUGGGGUGUCCUUGUCAUCCAUACAGGUGAAGUCUUGGCCUUUCUGUGCAGGGGAAGCAGGGCCACCUUUUCCUGUCUAGCAUGGGGUCAGGGCAAGCUGAGUUAUAAACCUUUGUUUAUAAAACAUGGAGCAGCAGCAUGGCAUCCCGGAGCAGUGGGUUGGAGCCAGCUGCCCAGUGACUGUGGCCCCAGUACCCAAGUGAUGGCCCCUUGUAGGCCAGAGAUAUGCCUGGCUGGGCUUUCCUGCAGCACUAGCAACAGGGUCCCCUGGGGCAGGAACUGGGUUCCCUGUUGGGGUUAGAGGUUCCUGAGCCCUGUGCUUCCUGCUGAGGAUUUGUUAUUCAUUCAGGGCCAACUGGUCUUGAGUAUCUGUUGCAGCAAUUCAGCGGUGAGUCAUAAACGGGGAGAGAACAGGCUAAUGGAUGUGUCUGGGCUCUGCUGAGGGCCAGAGCAGGAUCUCAGCUUCUUGCCUUGAUGGAGGGCUGCCUCUGCUCUGAAGGGCUGUCCUGUGAGUGGGACUGCCUCCAAACCUUAAAAACACACACACACAAACAUCAUCAUCAUCUAGCAAAAGCUUUUCUUCACAUACGUUAUAUCACAUUUAAAGCCCAUGCAUCUGUUACAAUAAAUGCACCCGUGGAUCAGCGCUCCCGCGCACCCGACCACAGCCCUUUCCCUAACCCAAUCACUCUUUUAGUCCUAGCCCCGAUUUUGGGGUUUACAUUCUCAGCUCAUUCACUGUCAUUGUCACUGUCACAGUUGCUAUCUGCUGUUGCUGUCCCCAAGUCUGCCGGAGCACAGCCUCACCAUGGCAAUGGUGAAGGUGGGGCUGGGCUGAGCAUGGUGGAACAAGCCAGAAGGCAUGUCCUUCCAAUGGGUUGUGUAAGUCUUUGCCUCAAAGUUGGGGGACAGGGACAGGAGAGGUUAACGCUGGUGAGGGCCAGCUGGGCAGGGUGUGAGGUCCUUCUGCUGCCCCAGCACUCCUGAGCGGGGCUGCUGCCUCCUGGCCAGGCACCUUGUACAGGAGCCUUACUGCCCUGCAUAGGGCAUGCUUAUUCCCUGGUUCAGCAAGCAGGAGCUGCCGCAGCUGCGGUUGGGCUCUGCUCCUCCCCACAGCUGCCACCCUCUGUUCAGCCAGGAUGACUCUUCCCCAGGAGCAGGUCCUGGCAUGCUGGGCAGGGAGGCUUCCCGGCAGCAGACACCACCAGCAGGGCCUGGGAGCUCCACAGCCCUACUUCUGUCUAAGUGGGGGCGGGCCCCAGGGGAGAGGUGGGGAUGAGGAAGAGGGUGGUGCAGGUCCCAGGUGGGGCAGACACCAUGCAUAGGGCUGCAAGGAGAACACUGCCUCUCCCUGUGCUUGCUGCUGCGUCCCUGCAACUUUGGGCUGUCCUGGGCUGCUUCAUUUCAUCACAAGGCAGCUUCCCUGUCCUUCCAGAGGUGUCAAUAGGGAACCUGGCAGGGGAAACAUCAUUAUCAGCUAAAGCGGUUUUCCUAGGAACAGGGGAUAACCACAUUUCUGACAGAGGUAUGCCAUCAUGCGGAGUGCCAACAGCUGAACCACCACAGUCCCCUGAGCCUGUGCGAAGCCUGUGACAGCAGGUUUCACAGCACCAUGCACUUUGAUGGACACAUACGCUUCGACCUGCCCCCGCAAGGUUCCAUUCUGGCCCGGAACGUGUCCACACGCUCAUGCCCUCCACGCACCAGCCCUGCCUCUGACGUGGAGGAAGAUGAUGAGGGGCUGAUGGAUGGGAAGGGAGACAAGAAGAGCUCGGCACUGAAGCUCCCCAAGAAGAAAGCCCGGCGGAGACACACGGAUUCUGCAGGGUGCAGGGAGCAUGAGCUGCAGCUGAAACAGCCUCAGAGCCAGCUGCACCCCAGCUGUACAGACAGGCCUAUACCUGAGAAUGGGUCGUGGAGCUCCAUGGAGCCAGGGGUUGCUGUACCUACAGGGGACUGCCAGGACCCCAGCAAAGAGUGCUUCACCCUCAAGUUCGACUUGAAUGUGGACAUUGAGACAGAGAUUGUCCCAGCCAUGAAGAAGAAAUCCCUGGGGGAGGUGCUGCUGCCAGUGUUCGAGAGGAAAGGCAUCGAGCAGAGCAAGGUGGACAUAUAUCUGGACCAGUCCAACACGCCUCUGUCACUCCACUUUGAAGCCUACCGCUUUGGGGGACACUACCUGCGAGUGAAAGCCAAACCUGGAGAUGAACUCAAGGUGGAGCAGGCUGUGAAAGAUUUCAGAUCCCUGAGCCUGCCCAUCCUGCGGUCCUCAGGUGCUGGCUCCACUGUCCUCUUCACUUCUGUGCCCGACCAGUUGGAGCAGCCACUCUUCCACCGGGAGAGCAUGGACAUCCUGGCACCAGGUCGACGGAGGAAGAAUAUGACUGAGUUCUUGGGGGACACAAGCAUCCCAGGGGCUGAGCCUGCACUGCAUGGCAGCAGCUCCCUGCCUAGCAGCAGCAGCGACACCUGGAAGAACCGUGCUGCCAGCCGCUUCAGUGGUUUCUUUGGCUCCGGUGCCAGCACUGGCCCAUCAGGACGGGAGAUCGACAAGAUGGAGCAGCUGGAGAGCAGGCUCCACAGCUACAGCAUCUUAGGACUCCCCAAGCCCCCACAGCAGCUCUACUUUGACAAGGACUCCUGGGAGGAGAAGGGUGAUGAUGCCAAUCUGUUCAUGGAGGACAGCUGGCAGGAGAUCAUUGAGGGCACAGAGGCCCUGACACGCCGGCAGUGCCACCAGCAGGAGGCCAUCUGGGAGCUGCUGCACACAGAGGCUACCUACAUCCGGAAACUGAAAGUGAUCACAGAUCUUUUCCUCUGCUGUCUGCUGAGCCUGCAGGACUUGGGGCUGCUGUGUGAGGUAGAAGCUGAGCGCCUGUUCAGCAACAUCCAGGAGAUCAUCCAGCUGCACUGUUCGCUGUGGGACAGUGUGAUGUUCCCUGUGCUGGAGAAGGCCCGUAGGACCAGGACACUGCUGGACCCUGUGGACUUCCUGAAAGGGUUCAAAGCGUUUGGCACUCUCUUCCAGCCCUACAUCCGAUACUGCAUGGAGGAGGAGGGCUGCAUGGAGUACAUGCGCAUGCUGCUGAGAGACAGCGACCUCUUCCGCGUCUACGUAACAUGGGCAGAGAAGCACAAGCAGUGCAACCGCCUGAAGCUCAGCGACAUGCUGGUGAAGCCGCACCAGCGCCUCACCAAGUACCCGCUCCUGCUUAAGUCAGUGCUGAAGAAGACAGAUGAUGCCUGCACCAGGGAUGCUAUCAUCACUAUGAUCACCUCAGUGGAGCAGUUCAUCAACCACGUGAACUCACGGAUGCGGCAGCGGCAGGAACAGCAGCGGCUGGCUGCCAUCAUCAGCCGCAUUGAUGCCUACGAGGUGGUGGAGAGCAGCACCGAUGAGGUGGACAAGCUCCUGAAGGAGUUCCUGCGCCUAGAUCUGACAGCCCCCAUCCCAGGUGCCUCCCCUGAGGAUACACGGCAGCUCCUCCUGGAGGGCAGCCUGAAGAUGAAGGAAGGUAAAGACAGCAAGAUGGAUGUCUACUGCUUCCUCUUCACGGACCUCUUCCUCAUCACUAAGCCAGUGAAGAAGGUUGAGCGCACCAAGGUUGUCCGGCAGCCUCUGCUGGUGGACAAGAUUGUCUGCCGGGAGCUCAAGGACCCUGGCUCCUUCCUCCUGAUCUAUCUCAAUGAGUUUCGGAGUGCUGUGGGUGCCUACACCUUCCAGGCCAGCGGGCAGUCCCUAUGCCGUGGAUGGACUGAUGCACUUUACAAUGCCCAGAAUUUGCUGCAGCAGCUGCGUGUCCAGGAGCACCAGCGCAGCCAGCGACAGCAGCUGCAGAGCCUGCAGGAGGAGGAGGACGGGGAGAGUGGGGCCUCGGCUGCCAGCUCGCCUACCAUCCUGCGCAAGAGCAGCAACAGUCUUGACUCCCAGCAGUGCCCCUCUGAUAGCUCCACAGAGACCAUCUCGGUGGUGGUGGUGGAUGCCAGUGGGGAGCUCUCCUCCCCAGACUUCGAGGUGGAGCCAUUCAGCUCACCAUCAGAUGAGACCUCCAUAAGUACCACCGCUUCAUCUACCACGCCCACCCGGGAGCUCCUCAAUGGGAGUGGGGAGCCUGCCAGUGCCCUCCCCAUCCCUGGCACCCACAGCAGCCUGGCACUGGAGACCGGCAGCACCUGGUCAGCAUCCAUGGAUAGUGCCUAUGGCACCUUGUCGCCUGCCUCCCUGCAGGAGUUGGGGGAGGUGCAGCCACCAGGGCCAGCAGGGGAAGACUCACAGCGCAUCUCGCCCAAGCUGCGCCGCCGGACACCCGUGCAGCUCCUGCCCUGCCGUGCCCGUGUGCUCAAAUCCAAGUCAGAGGCCAGCCUCUUGCAGCUCUUUGCAGCCUCCCCAUUUGGCCCAGAGGCCUCCCUCACCCAGAGCAAGAGCCUCUCCGACCUGUGCGCAACUCCAUCUUCAUCUCCAGGGCGAGUGGUGUUCCUGGCUGGCUCGGUUGUGGGGGUCCCAGCCAGCUGCCCGAGGACUAGUGGGUUGGGUGGCAAAUGCAUUGGAGCCCCACUGGACAGCAGCAACCUGCAGGGCAGCCGGGCAAGUGGCCUGAGUGCCUGCAGCAGCAGCAGCGGUGGCAGCUCUGCCUCAGAGCUCUCGGAGCCUGAGGAGCCUGUGUUCCACCAGGGUCUUGCCUGCUCUGCAGGGAGCCCUGCAGGAACACCCCCAACUGAGCCUCUGGUCACUGAUGUCCCCUGCCGGGCACUCAGCACCUCCCUGACAGAGUGUUGCCCAGAAGAGCUGCCCACUGCCCGCCGGACACUCUCAGACCCACAGGCGGCCCAGCACCGCAAGCUGACGUUGGCGCAACUCCACAGGCUCCGGACCACACUGCUUCUGAACUCCACGCUGACUGCCUCGGAGGUCUGAGCCAAUGGGAGGAGCGUGACGCCAGCACCACCUGUUCCACCUCUCCAUGACGAUGUAGCAUCAUGCCCAAGGUGGCGGGAGCUCUAGCUGGCCUCUGCCCUGUCUACAUGUGUGCAUGCAUGUGCCUGCACAUGGUGAGCAGGGACCAGGCUGCAUGGGUGUGCAUGCACGCAGAUGCACAUGCACCAGGUGUAUGUGCCAGGAUGGCAUGAGUGCAUGUGCACACCCAGGGCGGGCUUGUACUGGGAGCAUGUACACAUAGGAACAGUGAGCCAGUGGAGCUGUGACUGAGUGCCUCUCGAAGGAGGAUGCCUGGGCAGGGCAGGUGGCCUCCCCAGGACUCCAGCCAGCUCGAAACUUCUUCCUUGCACUUGGCAUCAUCAGGAGCUGCCUGCCCCUUUCUGAACUGUGGGGUAGGCAUCAGGCAGAGGGUGUAACUUACCUGCCCCGCUGCUUUGCAUGGAACAAUUACCAGCCAGACAUAGGACAGCCUUGCCCACUGGGCCACCUCCGUGGAUGUAGCUAGGAGAGACACAAGUGAAACACUGCGUGCAGAACAGGCACACAGAGGCUGGGCAGAGCCCUGCCCAGACCCUGUGAUAGGAGGGCCCUGCUGAGCUCUGAGUCACACCCUUGCCAUCAGUGCCUCUUGUCCUGGGCUCUGCGAUGCUCGAUGGCAGGUUAUUCACAUGCUAGCUUCCUGCAGUGGGGACAAGGCUGCCCAGGUACCACUCACCUCAUCCUGGCAGGACACAGCAGGCCCAGCAGCCGCCCCACAGCUUGUGAUCCUGCCCAGCUGGGACCCAGGGCAGCUGAUCAUUUGCCCCUUGCUCUCCAGAGUCAAGCUGGGGGUACUGGGCCCAGUGCACUUUACCUGCUUUUCCUGCAGAGGGGCUGACCCCAUAAAAGUGGGGGAAGGCAGUUUGGCUGACCUCAGGGCUCCCAAGUGAUCUCCCCUGGGGGACAGGGAGCACAUGUAAGUGUUUCCUGGCAGGAGGAGCUAUCCUGAAACUGCAACCUCGCUAUAAUGACCACAGUGGUCCAAGGUGUGUGUCUAACAUGCCAACAGGAGCCUAGAGCCAAAGCCAGGGUGACCAUAAGAGCCCCCAGAGCCCAGGCAGCUCCUGCUCCAUCACCCCUAACCAGUCUGCUUGGUCCUGGAUAGCCUCCCCAGUGUUUUACCUCCGUGGGCACCAUGCACCCUGCUAUGUAUUCCUUUUGGGACACUGGGUGGGAUAUAUUGGACAUCAGCUCUAUGGAGAUACCCUUGAGAUACAGGGAAGGGAUCAGUAUGUUGGCAGUGGGUGCAGAGGGCAGAGGGCUGUGGUGGGCAGGCCCUGGGCUGGCAAGCACAGUGCUGCAUGCACGCACCCAUGAUGACCAGGUGCCUCUUAAGGCCACAGUGGGCAGGAAGGUGGCAGGCUUUAACUGCUGGCAGUGUUGGGCCACGAGGGCAGCAGAGUGUGGCUGGGAAUGCAGGCACCAUCGGUGCCCCAGAGAAAAGAGAAGACUGAGGAGCAGGGGGCUGCUGCUUGCCCAGACCUGGCUCAGCUGGGAGUGGGGCAUGCUCCUUGCUCGUUGCUGCAGCUUCAUUUGCUGGGGUGAGGCUGGGGGCUCACACACUCUUGAGGGAGCCAGUGACUGUGGGGGAGACCAGCCACUCCUCUUCUAACAGGCACAUCCCACUGACAGUGGGACAGGCUGCUGAAAAGAGGUGCCUGGGGAAUGGCUGGAUGGAGCAGCAUGGGAGCAGGACUGACAGACAUGGCCCCUGUGGCCUGGCUCCCAUGGGGGUGCUGAUGAGGGAGAGAGCAGGGUGUGCCUGGCAGGAAGCCCUAGGCCAUGUUCCUGAGCUGCAUACUUAUUCAUCUUGGAGUGGGUUUUCCAGAGCUGUGUCAUAGCAGUGGGGGAUGUGGGGCCUGGCCACUCCCUCUGUGCUCCUUGGGCCAGGGCCAGGGAGGAGUGAGGGUGGAGGGGCCAGGGAGUGUGGUGCUCUGGGUUUUCAGAGCUGUCCGGUAUUGUCGUCUAACACUAACCUCUUCAGUGCACCUACUCCCUGCUGCACAUCCCACUUACGCAGUAUUUAACAGGUGAAGCAUUAAACAUAGCUGAGCGCACA